AUGGACAAUGAGACAAAUAACGAAACAACAAAACCAACAUCACAGGCUGCGUCAUUGGAUGCGCCUGAACAUCAAUUACCAAAGGCUGCGUCGUCGGAUGCGCCUAAACAUUCAGAACAAAGGGUUGCGUCUCAGGAUGCGCUUAAGCGACAACCGCUCAAGGCUGCGUCCUCCGAUGCCCCUAAGUCUAAAAAUGCAAAUGAUGCGCCGAAGAAGGCUGCGUCCAAGGAUACGAUGAGGAAGGUAGCGGUACGGAAUGCGCCAACCCAGGCAGCGUCCCGAGAUGCACCAUCCACGUCGUUGUCCAAGGAUGCGCCGUGCAAGGCAACUCCCUCUACCCGACCAAGGACGGCUACUACAACGGUGGAACCAAGGAAAGACGCACUCCGAGAUGCGCCAAUUAAGGCUGCGUCAAAGGAAGCGUCCUCCAAGGGAAAACCAGUGGUGCUGACCGAGGCUGUGGCGGAGGGUUUGUCUUCAAAGGCUGCGUCAGAUGCAGAAAUAGACUAUCCAACGAUGGAUAUGUCAUCCCUUAAGGAUGCCAUACAAUCACCAUCAGACUCAACCUGGAAAACAAUAACAAAACCAAUGUCGGCCUCUAAGAAGCGGCGCCUUAAAGCCAAAGCGAAGGCAGCGGCACAACGUGCAUUGGCAGCAGAUGCUGCGAGGCAGAUCGCGGGACCGGGUUCUCGCCCAGUGGAAACCAAACCAGUAGGAGAGGCAUACGCAAGCGCAGCAUGA